AUGGAAGAGUCGACCUUGGACUUGUUGCAUCAUGAAAAGCAGUUUGGGGCCAGUCUGCCCGAAUUGCCAUUUCCUCUGGCUUCUGGGAAUGCAAAAUCUGCACAUGCUCCUCCUGCUGCUUUCAAUAGUGCAAACCAUUCACCUCUCUCCACUUAUGCCGACGAUAACUACCAGGGAAACGACUCCAUCGCCAGAAACUUGGGCUCAUCUAUCGGUCUAGGUGUAGAGGGCAAGCUAGAGAACAUCAAGAUGGAGGAUCAACAUGGGGAUCCGCAAGAUGCUAUGCUACAACAGCAACAAUAUAGUGAUAAUUUCCAUGUCGUCAAUCCUGGAGACGCGUUAGGUGUCUUCGAUCCAAUGAUGGUUCAUCCUGGCUUUGGUUAUGGCCAAUCUCACCAGUAUGCUCGACAGCCUAGAGUACAACGUCCACAACAGAACAACUAUCGUUCUCCUACUCAAUCCCCCAACUACCAACAACCACAAAGGAACUAUGUCAACCAGGAUGGACGAGUACAACAGCAAGGCCGCUUCCGCGAUCCUGCUAGUGAUAUCUGGAGACAGCCAAUGAUCAACCUGGCUGGUGGUAAUCAGCACAAGUCUAAAAGAAAUCAAGAUGGCUACGGACAACAUCCCACUAUGAUGGAGUUGUAUCCUGGCCAACAAGGUAAUCAGCAAGGAUUCCAUUCUUCCAGCAAUCAAGUCAUGGUUUGCAGAUACUUUUUAAAUGGUUAUUGCUCUCGCGGAGAGCAAUGCAACUUUCUCCACUUGUUGCCUAGUCCAGCUCAGCCUGGUGCAAUCGUACGACCCCAAGCUGGGGGAAGUGGACAAUAUGUGCCUCAGCACGUAACUUACGCGGGCCCUCUAAGCACAUUCCAAUAUGCACCGUUUGAUGCACAAACUCCUUUAGUGGCCUUGCCAGGAUCCUUCACAUACAAUAUGUCACCUAUGACGGCAAUGCCUCAACCGCAUAUGAAGCUUCCUGGAAGCGAACGGGACAUGUCGUCGUCUAUGAUGUCGGGGCAACGUCCUAUUUAUUCAACAUCUGUACCAUUUACUUCACAAAAUCGCUUUUCUUCGGGCACUGUCAUGUCACCGCAACAACCUCUCCAACAGCAGCGUCGUAGGAUGCCCUUUGAGGAGGCGAAUAGAUUUAUGGGUAUUCCUUUAGAAGAGUUGGUAGGGGCUAUUUAUGCCAUAAGUCGUGAUCAACACGGAUGUAGAUACUUGCAGACUAAGCUAGAAGAGCACAAUGAGAAGAAUCUAAACUUGAUUUUUGCGGAAAUCUAUUCGCACAUUGGUGAACUUAUGACUGAUGCAUUUGCAAACUAUUUGUGUCAAAAGAUCUUCCAUUUUUGCUCUGAUGAGCAGAGAACCGUCAUUGUUGAUGCUAUUGCACCUGAUCUGGUUCGAAUAUCCAUGAACUCGCAUGGUACUCGUGCGGUUCAGAAAUUGCUGGAUGUCUUGUCCAGCCCUGAACAGAUUCGUAAAGUCGUUUUAGCUUUGAGCACCAAUGUUGUUGCUCUCAUGAAGGCAAGUUACAGCACACUACAUACACGAGCAACAUAA